AUGUGCAUAGAAUGCUUGGUUUCUCGUCCACAACACAGAGAUCAAUCCACUGGAAUGGCAUGGAGGAUCGCUUUCAUUUCUUUGGUGAGUCCACACAAACUUGAAAAUGGUGAUCAGGUUGACAGAUGUUCUUGCUGGAGUGAGAGCUCAAGCAGCAAGCUUUACCCUCCUUACUUGCUUUUCAAGUUUUCUUGGGGUGCUUUGGAUUAUACACAGACAAGUGGGUUCAUUACAGAAGCAAUGGAUGAUGAAAAAAAUGGAGUUCAGUUUGAAGUAAAAAAGAAGGCCAACAGCCAAGCAAGUCUGGAUGAAAAUGACAAGGAGUUUGAGAGAAACCAUGGAGAAGAAUGUCAUAAUGGUAAAGAAGCUGUGGAUGAGUUUCAUGUUAUUUCAGAUAUUGAUAGUUUUGGCCCCACAGAAGUUGCAGAAGAAAAUUACUCAAGGUCUGAAUCAAGUCUGCAAUAUGAAGAAAAGGAAGGUUAUGAAGGAGAGUAA